CAAUUGAUCAGUUGUUUUUGGCAAUUCGAAUUUUUUGUUUGAAAAUUUUCAAAGAUAAUGAAUCAGAAUAAGAUUGAUGAUGAUGGUAAUCUACAACAACAACAACAGCAAAAUGAUCAACCGGCAUCGGAUACAUCGACACCAUCACAUUCAACAUCGAUUAGCCGAACACAAAGUUCUAGUUCAACUAGUUUUAUUGCCGCAUCAAAUGCAAAUUGUCAACGAUCAUUAUCAUUAGUUGAUUCUAUUGAAUUUAAAUUUGAAGGAAAUAUUUGUAAAAAUGCUAUUGCUAUUGGUGAUUGUGAUAAUGAUGGGAAAAAUGAAUUGGUUAUCGGUACUUUGAAUGGAGAAUUAUUAAUCUAUAAAAAUGAUCGUAAAAAUCCACAAGCUUCAACUAAAGAUCUUGGAAUGAUUGCAUGUAUUUUGAUUGGUGAUAUUCUUAAUUUUGGCAAGAAUUGCCUCAUCACAAUCAGUAUAGAAGGUUAUUUAAAGAUAUUUCAUAUGUAUAAUGAUAGUCAUGUUGAUCUUAUUAAUCAAUCAAACGAUUCGGCCAUACGACGACAGCCAAAAUUUUCCAAUUCAUCAUUACAAUUAUCUAAUAUGAAACUACCACCAACAAUUUCGGAUAAUGAAGUUUAUUCAUCUACAACUAAUUUAAAUUUAAUUCAUAGCCAACAAAUGCAAUCAAAUACUAUGUGUGCUUUGUUGGUCGAUUUUGAUCAUGAUGAUAAUCAAGAAUUAAUAGUUGCACUUAGUGAUCGUGUUGUUCGUUGUUAUCGUGCCGUUCAUUUAAACGAAGAAAUCAAACUAAUUGGUCUUUAUAAAUGGGAAUUUUCUGAUCAAAUUGGUUCGAUUACUUUACAUCAUUUAUUCGAUUCAUCCAAUAAUAAUGAUGAUCCAGAUCUGUUGGUCGAAGACAAUAAAAGUGACAAUUCAUUAUCAACGAACGACAAGAAAUCUGCAAUAUGUAAAAAUCAAAUAUGUAUACUUGGUAAAGUUGCAUUGAUUACCGGGUCAAGUUCAGGUAUUGGUGCAGCAAUUGCCAGUAAAUUUGCGGAAUAUGGUGCCGAUUGUGUUAUAACUGGUCGUAAUUCAGAAAAUUUAAAUCAAAUUGCAAGAAAAAUAAUGAAACAUACUGAUCGUGAACCAUUGAUGAUUGUUGGUGAUUUACAAACCGAUCCGGAACUUCCCAAGCGAUUGAUUAAUGAAACUAUCGAAAAAUUCGGUCGAUUAGAUAUUUUGAUCAAUAAUGCUGGUACCGGUAUUGCUAAUGAUACAUUUGAUAAUCCUGAAUUGAUUGAUGAAUUUGAUAAAAUGUUUACAUUGAAUGUUCGUGUACCGUUAUGUUUAUGUCGAUUAGCCGUUGAACAUUUGGAAAAAACUCAAGGAAAUAUUAUUAAUAUUUCAAGCAAUGCAAGUGCUGAACCGAUUUUAUUCACAUACAGUAUGUCGAAAGCAGCAUUGGAUAUGUUGACUAAAGGUGCAGCACAAGAUUUAGGACCAAAAGGAAUUCGUGUUAAUUCAAUCAACCCUGGACCAACUAUAACAAGUAUGGGUCGUUGUCUUGGAAAAGAUUCGGAUCAUUUUGAAAAAUCUAAAGAUAAAUUUGCUAAAUUAACAAUACUUGAUCGUAUACCUUAUCCGGAUGAAAUGGCAAAUUUAGCAGCAUUUUUAGCAUCAAAUGAUGCGGUAAAUAUUACCGGUUCAAUUAUUGUUAGUGAUGGUGGUAUGUUGGUAAAAAAACGACAAUAUUUUGCAAAAUAAUUUUUUUUUUAAAUUUUUAAUUUAAAAAAAUU